GUGGUGGUGACCUGGUAUCCCGGUAUAUUGGUACUCUAGUAUCCCCCGGCCCCUGCAGUAGUAGCCGGGGGGUGCACCUUCCUAUAUACAACUUCAAACACAGAAUUCUGAGUUGCAUCUGAACAUAUAUAUAUAGAUGGAGAAGGUGGAGGGGGGAGGUGGUGGUACAACCUAGGGGUUGUAUCGGGGUUAGGCUUAGAGCUAGGUUUCGGGGCUCGGAGCAAAGUCUGCAGGUCUCGUGGUAUUGGGUUAAGAUGGCGGAAAAAUACGCGGGAAAACUUCAUAUUCUUAAGGAGGAGGCGAAGGAGAAAUGGGGAGAGUUGAAAGAUCAAGGGUUAAAAAGUACUGUGGAAGAAAACGUGAACGUUUUGAAAAGUAAGUUUAUAAGAUCUGUGAAUGCCGGGGAGGAUUAUGAACAUCAUUAUAAAAGCAAAUCCAGGUUACAGCUGAUAAAGAUCUCUGCAGCUGUUAUGGGAAUUGAGUUUUCCUACGCAGCAGAAACAGCAUUCGUAUCUCCAACUCUACUUAAGAUAGGUGUAGCGCAGAGGUACAUGACCUUGAUCUGGUGUUUAUCUCCUCUUGUUGGAUUCUUUCUUACUCCAAUCCUUGGCAGUUUAUCAGAUAGAUGUAGAUCCCCUCUGGGUAGAAGGCGUCCUUUCAUCAUUCUUCUAUCCAUUGGAGUUGUUUUUGGGCUAAUCCUUGUUCCUAAUGGUGCCUACCUGGGCCGUCUAUUUGGAGACAAGUAUCCCAGUGAUAUCAACGAGGAUAUAUCAAUUGGACGAACUUUACAUCUCAAUGAUUAUGAUGGAGAGAAUAUAGUGGAAGGUGGUGGGGGAGGAUAUCCACUAAAUUCAACAGAAUUUUACCCAAUCAGUGAUGAACCUCCUCCUCGCCAAUCUCAUCCCUGGGGCAUUUUCUUCACAAUAGUUGGAACUGUUCUCCUGGACUUCGAUGCUGAUGCUUGUCAGAGCCCUUCAAGAGCAUAUCUACUUGAUGUCACACUUCCAGCGGACCACGCGGUUGGCCUUUCUACCUUUACAAUAAUGGCUGGCCUAGGUGGUUCCAUGGGAUACGCAAUGGGUGCAAUAGACUGGGGAUGGUUAGGUACUUUGCUGGGAGGACAUGUUCGAGCAGUGUUCACCCUGGUUCUUAUAAUCUUUAUCUUCUGCGUCUCCAUUACUCUAACUUCAUUUAAUGAGAUUCCAUUGGAUGUUCUCACCACUCCAGCUCUGAGGAGACAAUCAGUGGUGAAGAAAAGUGGAACUUAUGAUAAGCUUCCAGGUGAGGAUAGUAUGGAGAAAGGAGAGAGGGAGAAGGAAGGGAAUGGAUAUGGUAGCAUUAAACCAACUAUCACAAUCAGAACAGACGAACUUUCCACCAACCCUUUCAAGAAAUCUGGAUUUGAACCUGAACAAGAAAGAGAAUAUCUACAGGUGUCCGAGACAUCAUUCAGUCAAGCGAGUCCGGUCCCAGUUGAGAAUUGGGCGGAAGGAGAUACAGCAGCAACGGUUGCAAGUCUCAAACAAUAUCUUUGGUCCAUCAUCUACAUGCCAUCCAGUCUCAGGUGGUUAUGUUUAACCAACCUGUUCUGCUGGAGUUCACUAGUCUGCUAUUCUCUAUAUUUUACUGAUUUUGUGGGACAAGCAGUUUUCGGAGGAGAUCCACAGGCACCUGAAGGUAGCGAGGAGAGGGAUUUGUAUGAUAAAGGAGUUAGAUUUGGAUGCUGGGGGAUGUCAAUGUACUCCUUAUCCUGUUCAUUUUAUUCCUUUGCUCUAGACAAGUUGGUGAAGAAAUUCCGAGCCAAACCGGUUUAUAUCGGUGGUCAGCUGGUCUAUACAGUGGGCAUGAUCCUUAUGGCGCUAACUAGAUCCAAGUGGGGUGUACUGCUGUUCUCAUGGUCUGCUGGUGUUAUGUAUUCAACACUAUUUACAAUGCCCUACCUUCUGGUAGCACACUAUCACGAAACAGAUGCUAUCCAAUGUGAGGACAGUUGGUUUUUGAGGCAGAUUAGAGAACUCCUGUCUAGCAUCAGAGAUACACCAGAGGAACAGAAAAGUAAGAUUGCUGCUGGCCCGGACUCUCUAUGGUCUGGACAGGUGCGAGGUAUAGGGACGGAUAUUGCUAUUGUAUCUUGUAUGGUAUUCCUCGCCCAGUUCGUUCUCUCUCUUCUAAUGGGGACCAUUGUUGCAAAAACAGGAUCUACUGUUGCUGUUGUUGUGUCAGCAUCUGUGCUUAGCUUCUGUGGCGCGAUAUCCGCUAACUUUAUCACCUACAUGGACCUGUAAAGCAUGUGUAAUGUGUAUCCGAUACGGUAAACCGGAACCACAUGUAUCCUGUGUUUUAAAUCGGAACCACAUGUAUCCUGUCUAUUAAACCGGAACUACAUGUAUCCUGUCUAUUAAACCGGAACCACAUGUAUCCGGUUUCAAGCAUGACUAUUUAAUGAGCUCUCCGUUGCCAAUGCUUAUUCUCGAAGGAUGGUGUAAUAUCGUUAAUAUCCUUUCUCUUAAGGAACAUAUCUUAAAAAAAACAUAAAGGGUUUUAGACAAAAAAGUUGUUAAAGUUAAUAUUUAUUCUCGUAUUUAUAAACGAAUUUUUCCGCCGUUUGCAUUUUAAGGCGUUGAUGUAUUUGUAGUUUUAAGAGUUGUAUCUCGGACCCUCAGAUCUCUGUAUUCUGUAUCCUCCACUGAGUAGUGUUGUCAUGUAUCAAGAAUCAAGAAGGACGGGCGCAGGAUACGGAGUGAAGAGGACUUGAGAGCCCAGCUGUAUUUAAAAUAUUAUUAAUGUUCUAAAUAUUUAAUAUGAAUGUAUGUAUAUGUUUUGAAAGGAUUGAUCACUUUAAACAAUUGUAUCAUUUUAUGUAAAUAAAGCUUUAAAACGCAA